AUGUGUGAAUCGGGUCAUGUGAGCGCCACCGUUGUCACCAGUGUCAAUUACAUAUUUGAAGGCUUCAGUCCAUAUGCAACAUUGCGGUUUUUCGAAUUCAAUGAUAAAGGCUGGAACAUAAGUGAGAACUGCAUACGAGACAUGUAUAACUUUUUGGAGGGACUCCGACGUGGCUCUCUUUGGGCUGUGAAGUUGUAUGAUGCGACGUCUUACUAUGGGGGUGGGGCAUUGGGCGGUGCAGCAAAUGUGCGGAUCCACAAUCCGAACAUAUGUCGAUCCUUGCUGCAUCAGUACAAGGACCAGGUGCAACACACGACGUGGAGUUUUCUUGCCAAUGAAACAAUCGUACCCUUCGCCGUACAAGUCAUUGUGGGUCACUACUUACUGGAGAUUGUUUAUGAAGGUGGUUUCAAGUUUGAAAAAGUGGAACAGCUCAUUUGCUUUCCAUCGUCAUGUGUUGCCGAGGACUUGCAGCAGAUCCUAGAUGUCUACCUCUUUCAAAGCAAUCAUGUUGUAAGGAAUAGUACUUAUUUGAGGCAUCGGGUCCUCAGCGAUGUCUACAGCAUUCGAAACGACACGGAUUCUUAUAUUUUGAUCUAUCACUCAAUCAUCAGUAACUCCGACUCUAACACUGAUCCCUUUGGAAAUAAUUUCGGGUUUGUGGUAGAUUACAAAAACUCUCUUUUAAGAAAUAUGAAACGAUUUGCUCGUAAAACUACAACCAACACCGGAACUGUGGACAUAAAAUUCGGAGUCAACAUGCCGCAAAUCUCGACGAAGCGACGCUCGUACAAAUUGGAUGACAUACUGAAUGCCAUUUCGCCCCAUAAUGUUUUCUAUAACGCUUUCGUUGGUGAGAUAACACCGCAAACACUUCUCUAUGUGGUCUUUACUUUACUCAUUAUUUACGAAUACCUGGACACACAAAUCAAAGUUCUUUCGAGCAACAUGGAACAGAAGAAUGGAAUGGAAUCGCCAACAGUUCCCGCGCUGCAGUACGCCAGCUUUCUGAUUGACAUCUAUUUCUUUGUAAAUGGUUCCAAAUUGGCGGCUGAGUUUUUACAAAAGUUCCCCAGAGAAAAGUAUCAGGUCUCGCAGCAAAUGUUUUUUGUUUUAAAGCUAACUUUGCAGAAAGCUCUUUCUGUAACUCCAUCGUUUGCGUUUUGCACCUUCGCUGAGCAUCUACUCGAUAAACAUUUUUACAACAACAUUGCCCUAGAAAUUCCUUCACUAGACUACAAAACAUGCAAUAGGAAAUUAAGCAACGUGCUGUAUGUGGACAAUUUCUAUGCACUGGAGCAACGGUGCAUGCCUUGGACCUGGUUUCUUUCGCUGGAAAUGCUGUUCUUUAUUGUGGCCUCAUUGGUUCUCCUCCUCGCUGAAAUCCACUCGGCGUAUGCUACAAUAAUUGGCGUAGCUACCUUUAUGAUAUCCAUAUUUGCUUCGGUAGUAUGGGAAUCGGAUCCCAUCACCAACGCGGAAUUUUCGUUAGGAACAUUUAUGCAUAAGGAGCUAGCCGAAUUCAAUUUGGUCUACGACAACAUAUGCCUCCGCAUAUCUCCGUAUAUAAUGGUUCUUGUGAAAAAUAACAGAAUUGCUGAAAGAUUCCUAAAAGAGAAACGAGAAGAAUUGGUAGGCGUGUGUCCCACAUCAGCCAUGCUACACUAA